UCUAACAGCUGCUGACUGAUAAUUUUAAAUAAAAAUAAAUUGUUUAUGUCAACAAACACUAUAAUUAUAUUAACAAUAAUUAUUAAGUAUUUGAUUUGAAAAUUAAAAUUGCAAUAAUAAAUAAAAAUGAAUAAUUAUAAAGCAUCAGUUGAUAAAUUGUUAGAAGAAGACGACGAAAUUUUUGAAUUUAUUGAUAAAGAAAGUAUUUGUACGACAUGUAAAUUAGAAGUUGAUAAUAAUAAUUCUGAAAAUGUUGUAGUGAAACAAGAAAAUUCAGUUCAUUUUGAAGACAACAUUUAUUCACAAUCAUUAGAAAAUUUUGAAAAAUCUCAUGAACUCAUGAGAGCUACACGAUCAUUUUCAAGAAUAAGUUUGGACAAUCUUGAUUCAGAAUUCGCUGAUAUAAAUAAUGAAGAACAUCAGAUCAGUCAUCAAAGUCAUCAAAUUAAUACAAAUAAUAUUAAUAAUAAUAAUGAUAAAGUUAAUGAAGACAAUUUUACUUUCAAUGAUACUCCUAGCUUUGUGUGUACAGGUGUUGAUAAAGCACUAAAACAAUUAGAACAAGACCAAGAACAUCUGAACGAAAUACAAAAUAUACCUGAACCUUUACGAAAAAAAAUCACAUCACAUAUUGUCGGAAACGUGAAUGGUAACAAAAAAACUUUACAUGACAAAGAAACGCAAACAGAUUUGACAGAAAAACAAAACGAAACUGAUAAUCUUUGGUUUGAUAACGAAUUCCCAUCCGAAAAAGAGUUAGAAAAACUUGAUCAUUUGAUUACUGAGGUUACAAAUGGAGAUGUAGGUAAAAAUAAUAAAAGAAAAUAUGAUAAUGAAGAUAAUAUUGAUAGCAACAAUAAAAGAAUAAAGAGUAAAACAAGAGAAUUUGAUAAAACUGUUAACGAUUCCAUGGUCUCAGUUGUUUUAAAUCGACAAAAUAAAUUAUUUGAAUUAUCCAAUGAUUUAUAUCAAUAUAGUGAAUAUUUAAAUCAAAUGAGAACAGCUUUGUCUAAAAAAGAAUCAUCUACCAAUAUUGAAAUUCCAACUCCUCCAGUAUUAGUGGGUUAUGACAAUCAAUUUGAUUUUAAAACUGAAAAACGAUAUGUUAAACUUCCAAUUAGAAUUGAAAGUUAUGGCAAUAAUAAUAGUAGUACUGGCAAUAAAUUAAACUCAAUUAACAUCAAAUCUAAGAUUUAUUCACAAAAAACAGAAAUUUCAAAUCGAGGAGCUAUGAAAAACAAUCCAUAUUCAAGAAACAUAAAUAAUUCAGCUAAAAAUAAUUAUAGUAAAAUAAAUGAUCAAGUAAAUUCUACAAAAAAAAAUCAACGACAAUCUACAAUUAAAGAAGCUUUUGCAAUUCAUAAAGAUAAUCAUAAGAAACCGUUAAAUGAUUAUAAAAAUAUUAAUAAUAUCGCUAAUAAUAUAAAAAUUAACGUUAAUAAAAAUAUUAACGGUCUAGAAAAAAAUCAAAAUGAUAAAAUGAAUAAUGAUAACUUAAGUGAUUCAGCAUCAAUGUACCAAUUUAAUCCACUUGGUCGUAAUAUUAUCGUUAAAAAAUAACUAUAAUAAUUAUAAUAAUUAAUUUAAUAUUAUUAUAAAAACUUCUUUAUACUUUUUUAAAUUUAUGUAUUUUAUCAUUAUUAUUUUCAUCAUUGCUUUGAAAAUUUUAAUAAUUAUUUUAAUCAGAAUAUUUUUUUUAGUAUGUUUUUAAAUUUUUCCACACAAUUGUAUAACAGUUUUGUUCUUUUUUAUUGUCUGCUGGUAACCGAAAAUAGAGAACCAACAAUAACACGUGCGUAUAUUAAGUUGUUUAUCAGCUGUUUUUACGUAUAAAGUAUCAUAUAAUAAUUUACAUUGUAUUUAUCCAUUUAAUGUUGUAAAUUAAUUCAACAUAACCGCAUCUAAAAAUGUAAUUAUAAAAAUCAAUUGAUAGAAUUUAAUAAAUCAAUAUUCUUUAAUGUU